AUGCUUGAAUUCUUUUCUUCAAUAUGUGAAAAUUCUAUGUGUUAUGAAAAUGAGUUAAAGAAGUUACAUUCUAAUGCUUUAUUUCUCAAGAUCAAGAUUUUUCUUAAUGAUCUGCUAAUUAUGGGUGAUAAUAAAGAUGCUGAAAUGCGUCUUCAUAUGGACCAAACAGCGAUUUUUUACUUUUCAAAAGUAUAUUUUGAUGAAAAAGAAAUCAAAAAUAUCCUUAAUUUUCCCACUGCGUCUGGUCUUUCCAUUUCUAAACUUUUUGAAUUAUCAUUAUAUCAAAAGACAGAUUUAUGUUCAUCUCACGAUUUAGCACCUCUUGUUCAAGAAAUAUUUGGUAUACGGAAGGGGUUUCAAAAGGAAAAAGGUUUUACUAAAGCUUUUAAGAAAUUUGAGAAGGACUGGAGAAAAAAAUAUAAGAAACGAUCAGGUAGAUAA